AUGCCAGUCCGUUGGGCUUGCAUUACACAAUCAACUCGAUUCCUCUCAAGUGCUGAGCAGGUAUCCAACCACUGCAAGUCUUCCACGAUACUCACACACGACUGUUUGCUAGUACAUCGUUCCAAUCGAUAUAUCACAUCGUCACAUAGCUCACCAGCAUUACUGUGCUACUGUCUCCGGCAUCACACCCGACACUUUCACUAUCACCCAACCCUCACCACACUCACGAUGCGCUCCACCAUACGGGCACUCGCCGCCCUCGCUUCGGCAGCCUCCCUCAUCACACCCUCGGUCGCUCAGACAUGGUCAAACUGCAACCCUACCCUGCGAUCCGACUGCCCGCCAGACUCCGCGCUCGGCAGAACUGUCAACAUCGACUUCCGCUCCUCGUCCGACAGCUUCACAGCCCAAGGCAACCCGACAUACGGCAAAGACGGCGUUUCUUUCACGGUAGCCAAGUCUGGUGACUCGCCCCAGCUUACGUCGAAAUGGUACAUCAUGUAUGGAAAGGUCGAGGUUGUCGCCAAGGCAGCGCCAGGUGCUGGAAUUGUCAGCAGUGUAGUCUUGCAGUCGGACACUCUGGACGAGAUCGACUGGGAGUGGCUCGGUGCGGACGCCGAUGAGGUGCAAACCAACUACUUUGGCAAAGGACAAACCACGACCUAUAACAGAGGAGCCUUCCACGCUGAUGUUGGAAGCCAGUCGGGCUUCAAGAAGUACACCAUCGAAUGGACACCCAGCCAGAUCGUUUGGUCAAUUGAAGGCCAACCCGUCCGCACUCUCGAGCCCGCCAAUGCCAACAACCAGUAUCCGCAAAGCCCCAUGCAGGUCAAAAUGGGCGUGUGGAGUGGAGGUGAUUCUGCGAACUCUCCCGGUACCAUCGAAUGGUCUAGGGGACCUACCGAUUACUCCAAGGGUCCUUUCUCCAUGGUGGUCCGCUCCGUAAUGGUCCAGGACUACUCAACUGGAACCCAGUACGUCUACGGCGACCAGUCUGGUUCCUCAGGAUCUAUCAGGGCAGUUGGCGGUUCUGUCUUCUCAGGAGGCAGCAAGCCUGUCGCGAACUCGCCUUCAGUCACGGCCGUCGCAUCUGGCCAGCCACUCCCCUUCACCCCUGGCCAGACCGACAACCCCACGCGGCCCAGCGUCUACCCCUGGGUCCCUGGCACAACCUCUGCUGCGCCGCAGCCCACCUUUGCCAACUACCCCGGACUGCCAGAAGGAUGGACCGUGUCGGAUAGUGGAAAAGUUGUGCCUCCCAGCUCCGCUCCUGUUACCGCUUCCUAUACGCCCUUGCCUGCGCCUGUGCCUUCGGCUUCGCCUGGCGAUUCUAAGCCCACGGUCGUUACUGGCUAUGAUGACAGGGGCUUCACCACUCUCCGCACUUUGUACCCCGGCACCACGCCCCCUGCAACAACUGUCAACCAGCUCCAAAACGCAGCGGCCACGAGCGUCCCCGCCGCUCCCGCUGUGAACUCUGGUGCCCGGGUUUUCGACGGCAUUCAUCUCCAGCUCUUCGGUAUCGUCAUGGGCUUUGUCUGGCACCAGGCAUGGUUCAACUUCUUCAUGGAAUACCCCGCAUUCGCUUUUGUCGUCGUCUUCUGCACCAUGGUCGUAUACCAUGGACAGUUGGGAUGCAAGGUGGCGGUCAAGUUUUGGUGGACGCAGUAUCCGGCGUACAAAGUUGCGUUUUCGUGGAAAACGGAGAAGCCCGCGAGUAAGAAGGAGAAGAGGGAGUAAAUAGGUUGGCUUUGCACAUAUGAGUUUCGAUGGGAUUUGUAUAUAUUGGUUGGACUUUGCAUUGCGUGGAUAUGGGCAUGAGAUAUGAAGAUUAGCGAGGCGUUUUUUUGCUUUUCAGCUUUAGAUUAAUGGACGGCGACGUUGAUGCGCAGGCAUAAUGAUACGAAUUACACAACUCAGA